UGGCAUUGACAUAGCCGCUUGGAUCUCACCGUCAGCCUCGCCAGCCAGCCCAUGCGGCCUGCGGCUUCAUCAGAUCGCCAUCGCCGCCGCUCCACAGCCACAAAGCCGCCGCCUUUCAAGCCCGCCUGCCCUUCCGCGCUCAGGCACCACCCUGCCGCCGCCGACUCUCCUCCAUGACAGCCGGCGCGUGGCCGGCGGCCGCCGCGGCGGCGCGCGCGGCGGUGCGCACGCUCGGGCGCCUCGUCCCCCGCACCCACACCCACUCCACCGCCGCCACCACCAACUCCUCCCCCUCCUCCCCGGCGCACACCCUGGACGACUACAACCGCCUGCUGGCGGCCCUGGCGCGGGACGGGGACGGCGAGUCGGCGCUCCGCGUGCUCCGCCGCAUGCGCCACGGCUUGCCCGCGGCCUGCGCGCCCACGGCCGCCUCCUACGUCUCCGCCAUGUCGGCGCUCGCCAAGGCCGGCCGCGCCGCCGACGCCACGGCGCUCUUCGACGACAUGCUCGCGCACGGCGUGGCGCCCGACCGCCGCGCCUACUCGCUCCUCCUCCACGUCUACUCCACCCACCUCGGCCUCCCCGCCGCCGGCCUCUCCGUGCUGCACUGGAUGUCCGGCCUCGGCGUCCGCCCCAGCGCCGUCGACUACGCCGACCUCAUCUUCUCCUUCUGCCGCGCGGGCCAGCUCCCGGACGCGCUCCAGCUGCUCGACGAAAUGCGCGAGCUCGGGUACCCGCUCCCCCCGCACGUCUACUCGCCGAUACUCCAGGCCCACUGCGACGCCGCCGACAUCCCGGCCGCCGAGGCGCUCAUCGCCUUCAUGCGCGCCUCCGGGGGCCGCUCCGGGUGCAACCCCGACGUCGUCAUCUACAACAUCUACAUCCACGGGCUGUGCAGGGUCGGGGACUUCCAUGCCGUGCAGAGGGUUAUCAACGACAGCGUCUGGAACUGGUGGGUGCCGGACGCGGUGACCUACAGCACCUACGUUGCCGGGCUCUGCCGGGCUGGGUACAUCGAGGACGCGUUCAGGCAGCUGGACAUCAUGGUCGCCAAGGGGCUACAGCUCACCGUGGUCGGCCUCAACAUACUGCUGGAUUACGCCGCCAAGGAUGUAGAUAUGUGGGUUGCCAAGGAGGUGAUGGAGCGCUGCGAAGAGCUGGGCUUCGAGGUCGACGUCGUGACGUACAACACGGUCAUGGAACAUUUCUCCAAGAAGAUGCAGUGGCUGAUUGCCCUCAGGCUGUUCACCGAUCUGCUCAAGAAGCCCAUAACACCCGAUGUGCAGACGUACAACAUCUUGAUCUCAUCCCUGUGCCGAGCCGGCAAGUUUGAGCUCGCCAAGUUCGUCUUCAGUUGCAACGGGUUUGUGGCGGACACCGUCACCUGUAACAUUCUGAUCCAUCAGUUCUACGGUGCUGGAAAGGAGGGUGAGCUUGGGUUCUUGUUCUCCGAUGUUGACGCAGGGAAGAUUACCCCAGAUACAAUCACAUACAACACGCUGGUCGAUUGCCUCUUUAGGUCUGGGAGGAGGACCGAGGCUGCCAAUCUGGUCAGGCACAUCGAUGGCGGCUACCCUGCGGAGCCCGUAGCGCAUCUGGCUUUCUGGUUGGUUAGGAGCGGAAAUGUUCGAGAGGCUUUGAGUCUGUUUGAUGACAUGCUAGUGAAAGGAGUCGCUUUAGAUGCUAUGGUUUUCGCCAAUGUGAUCAAGGCAUUCUGCAGAAAGGGUCCAGGGGAGUGCACAGAUAUGACACAGCUGUGCUCUGUGCUGGAUAGGAUGCUUGGGAUUGGAUGAUCCUUAUCUUGCUCUCUUGCUGAUAUUGGUUGGUCUCAUUUUUGAACCUGUCCUGUUGUAUCACUAGGAGAUAGCAACUGCAAGUAAAACACCUGUUCUGGUCAUCUAAUUCGUCAACAGCAGAACUUAGCAAGCCAUAGGAAGUUCCAACAAGGAUGUCCGAAUUUCCAUCACCAUCCAAAUCAACCACAGUUGGAGAUGAAUAUGCAUGGGCACAGAAGUUCCUGUCUUCGAUACUCAAAUCGAGGUCUGCUGUCCAUUUAACGUGUUUUGUGUCAAGGUUAAAAAGAACUAUAAUGCUUGCAAUAUAUUUCCCUAUGUCAAUCCUUCCUAGCUCUUUUAAAUGCUAUGCGUUAUCAUAGCUUCUAGACUGCAAAAGGUACGCCACCACGGUAACACAGGCAAGAUAUAAUGAAAGUGCUCAUGUUGUGGCUGAAAGUUCUGCAUUAAGAAAAAAACAUUUCAAUCAUAUCCAAAAGAUAGCACAGCAAGAUAAACAAACACCUAGCUUCUGCUUUAGCACCUUCGGUUCAUUACUGGAACAAGCAUGAAGCAGAACAAAAACAAUCAAAGCAAAGCAUAAAAUUAGUCAGGUAAGCAAAUGCACAAUCUAACUGAGACUAGCUACGAAGCACCAUCAUCAACCAACCAGUCCAUGGUAAGAGAGAACAAAGGGGUCCUAUUUUUGGAAAAUUAAUCUCAGAGAGCAUUAAUGACGCACAUGCAUGCAACAUAGGACAUCACAGAUAAACUGACGUUCAGAGAUUCUUAUUUAUAAGUCAUCAUCCCGAUGUCAUGAGCUGAUGAGCAACACGUACGAAAUGCAUUAGUAGCAGAGAAAGCAGCCGCACUCGUGGCUAAAGAAGCAAGAUACAGCAACAACCAUUUCUUGUACACCGUUGUUGUCAAUGUCUGCAAUUACCUGUAGAAAGAAUGUCAAACCAAGUAACCAACUCAAGAACAUUAAUAGAACAAACAUCAAAUAUAUGUAGAAAAAGGUUCUCUUACUGGGGUCGACAAUAUGUGAGCAUAUAUGUGCACAUAAUCUUCCGCUUUCUCAUGCUCUUGUUUCUGUACAAUCCUCGUCUCCCCACGUGGUAUCGUCAACAUAAUCAUCAUAAUCAUAACUGCACUCUUCAGGGAGAUAACAUACAUCGUAAUCAUAACUGUACUCUUGAGGGAGGUCUUCUGCAUCCCGAAACAAAUCGAAUGAUGCAUUAGCUUCCUCGUCUAAGGCUCAUCAUUUUCAACAGUUGCUUCUCCUGUUGUCCCCGCAUCAUUUCCAUGAGUUUCUUCUGCAUUUCCCGUUUGAUCAUCACUUUUAUCUGCUGUUUGAAGCAACCUUCUUUGUCGUGGUGUUCAGAUUAUUCGGUAACUCCAUAUUCUCUUUUCCAGUGGUAGAAUUAGGCUUUAUUUCGGCCGACAGUAGCUCAGAUGGAUGUUUCAAGGGAUCAGCUCCCUGCACUGUGUUGGUCAGGAAACGUCAUAAUGCAUCCUUCCUGCAUCUACACACCCACAGCACAGCCGUAUGGAUAAUCCACUAUCCACAUCAGAGUAAUGCAAUGAUUAUUGUGUGCAUGUAACAUCAAUUUUCUUUAAAGCCUUAUCAAUCCUCAUACUGGUUAGUGGUGACAACAGACUAAUUGUACAUUUGUUUAUACUAACUCAAAUAUGUGAAGAAGUGAACUGUACAAUCAAAUUUCUUCGUCUUCUUCUUUUCUGACCUCCACUCAUAGCUACCAUGGAGCUAAAACCCAAUCUUUCUUGUGUGUGAAAAACCUAACAGCAAAAAGCGUGUAAAUUACACAUGGCCCUCCUAUUUGUUUGUGCCCUUUCUGGCUUCGGUUGAAAAACCCAAAAUACAAAAGCAAUAACCCAAACAAAUAGCAAGUAUUGUGCCGAGAGGCUCCGGUUAAAAAAAAUAUAUUCCACUUCUUUUUCAUGGGACACAUGUAACAGAAAAAUAAAGAAUAACACAUAUUAGUUACACCCUCUGUUCCUAUGCGUAAAUCGUAAAUUUCCGAGCACCCCCAAAUAGGGCCAUUAUGCACAGUGAACUGCCUGCAUUCACAUAUUUUGCAUUGCUAGUCUGCCUACGAAUACAGAACUGUACUAAUUCUAGAAAAAAAGUGACGAAGAAACUACUGCAUAUUGGGGAAUCAGCUGGCCAAAAGUUAGAUUUUAUGAUGAUGAUGUUUUGUAAAGCCAGAAAGCCAGAUGUCAUUGUCAAUGACAAGGACACUAUGCACAACUAACCAGGCUUAGUGGGCUUAUUUCUCCUCUUUUACAAUCUUUCAUACCAUCACAAAAGCCCCUCGAGUUAGAAGAUGGUAUCCUCCAUUUUGUACAUCUUCACGAUCACACCGAGCAAUUUUCUCCAUGCAUGGAACAUGAACAUGAACAUGAACAUCAGCAUGCAUUGAUUUAUGAAAGAGACAGCCUAGCAUGGGCGGCAAGAGUUACUCAGGCUAGCCAAGGAGACUGCCCAUGAAACCACACCCCAAGGCCAAUAGCCUUGAGGGAGGAACAAGACACAGGCAAGUCAUUCUUGGCUAUCAGAGAUAAGGCCCUUGCAGCCAUGUAAGGCUUGCUCUCUGCUAAUGCGUUACCACUACUGAACUUCGGUCUCUUCAGUUAUAGGUUUGCAGUGUUUCUUCCAUCCAGCAUCUAUUUAUAUGUGCACGUCCUAGGGAACAAGAUCUAAUGGUCGUGUUUGGUGCUUGUAGGCCUCUACCAAAGUAUCUUAUCAUUACCGGCUUUUGGGUUAGCAGAAUAUAUUCUAGAUGCCAACGUAUAUGGUUUGUCAAAUAUCAUGAUAUAUAACUACUUUAUAUUGCAUUUUGAAUUAUAGAGAUGAGAGCAUAUUGACUCCUCUGAAAGCGAUUCCUGAUAUGAUGCUCAAAUCUGCUUAAAGCUAGCUAGCAUGAUCAAUCCCAUAUCUUUGCUAAAAGGACAUGGAAAGUUGAAUUGCCCACCUAAUUAACCACAUUAUCACUAUAGUGAUCAAACAGAGGGAACACACUACUCUUUACACAGCAUGGAGUGAUAAUUUCGUCUUUAGAUAAGCAAUAAAGGAUGGAAACAUGACCAAAUGGAGCGAUAAUUAUGUGCAUCAUAU